CUGUGGGACACUGAAGAGUAUAGUCAGCAUCAAAACAGACAUUUUGCAGUUCGUACUUCUGGGUGUGUACUGUCGUUUAGCAGGUAACUAUGAUGAAAGUGUGCAGAGCGACGUACUAGGUGCUGUUGUUUUUCAAAAACAUGAGGAGCACUUGAACGAGCACAUGAUGCAAAGACAGUAGUUACAGUGACGAAAGAUGUGCAGUGACGGAUGAAAUUGGAGUAUACUGGAAAUAGUGUGAGAAAUUCUUGAUUAUGAUUGGAACACAGAAGUGAGUGCAGCUGCAGGACUAGUAGUUAGUCUGCAACCAAAAUAUCUCUUGAACUAAGAAAUUAUGGGGCUGCUAACCCUGCUGCGCAAGAUCAAAACGAAGGAAAAGGAGCUUCGUUUGCUGAUUCUGGGUCUAGACAACGCAGGCAAAACUACGAUUGUGAAAAAGUUUAAUGGUGACGAGAUUGACGAAAUCAGUCCAACGCUCGGAUUCAACAUUUUCACCCUAGAGUUUCUUGGGUACAAGCUGAACAUCUGGGACGUGGGCGGCCAAAAAACGAUCCGAAGCUAUUGGCGAAACUACUUCGAAGCAACAGACGGGCUUGUAUGGGUUGUCGAUAGCAGUGAUCGAAAGCGACUGCGGGACUGCAAAGAGGAGCUACAGGCGCUGCUGAAAGAGGACCGACUGGCGGGUGCAACGCUGCUGGUGUUUGCGAACAAGCAAGACCUGCCGGGAGCGCUCACGUCUGUGCAAAUAAAGGACUUUUUGGAACUCGAUAAAAUCCAAACGAGACAUUGGAGCAUCGUAGCCUGCAGCGCGGUCACGGGAAAGGGCCUUCUUCCUGGAAUGCAGUUUCUUGUGCAGGAUAUUUCCAAAAGGGUGCUCUGCUGGGGUAACUGAAGAUCUCUCUUCGAGAGGGCAAAGAUGUCGUAGGGUCCUGAAAGAAUGGUUGAUUGCAUGAACUAAAAACAAGAAAGGAACUCAUCUUCGCGAGUACAACUUCUUUGCUCAGCCUCGUGGUCAGAGGGUCCAACAAAAACAGUUGAUGUUGUAGAUGUGCAUUUUAGUUUUGAUCGCACCCCUGACGUGGUAUCUCCUUCCCUAGUCCUGCUUGUAAGGUCUUCACAAUCGAGGUUUCAACAGACGGAUGAGACUCACUUGAUCGUGAUCUUUACAAACUAAUCAGCAUCAUCUGUCACCCGCUUCAAAAAACACGAAGAUGCUGAAACUACAUUCCUAGCAACGGCCGCAAU